ACAAUCAUUUUGUUAUUGAAUUUUUGCAAAUACAUAAAUAUUCAAAUUUUAAAUUAUAUUAUUUAUAAUAUAAUUACUAUUGUUAUUAUUAUAAUAAUUAAUAUUAUUAAAACAUCUUAAAUUAGUCGCAAAUGAAUAAUUAAAAUCUCCCUUUUUUUUAAUAAUAAUGACGAUUAAAAUGAGGCAAAUUUUAUUCAAUUUUUUAUAUUUUACUGUAUUUUGGAAUUGUUAUGCAACAUUUGCACAAGAGAAUUUAAAUAUUAAAAUAAAUGGCCUUGGUCGUAUUAAAGGCUCUUUUAUGAAAACACGUUUGGGUAAAGAAAUUUUUUCUUUUCGUGGUAUAAGAUAUGCUGAACCUCCGACAGGAAAACUUCGUUUUCAGCCACCUGUACCUGUGAAACCAUGGGAUGAAGUUUUCGAUGCCUCUAAAGAGGGUCCAGCAUGUCCGCAGCUAAAUUACACAUUAAUGUCCGAAGAUUGUCUUCGAUUGAAUGUAUACACAACCAAGUUGCCAACUGAAAAUGAAAAAGUAAAGAGACCAGUUAUAGUUUUUAUUCAUCCAGGAGGAUUUUUCUCCUAUUCCGGUCAAAGCGAUCAAUUUGGACCAGAAUAUCUAUUAGAUCGAAAUGUUGUCAUGGUCGCUAUUAAUUAUCGAAUCGGUUCUUUAGGAUUUUUGAGUGCUGAUCAUCCAAAAUUACUUGGAAAUAUGGGUCUCAAAGAUCAAGUGGCUGCUCUUCGUUGGAUAAAACAAAAUAUUGAAGUAUUUGGUGGAGAUCCAAAUUCAGUGACAAUUACAGGCUAUAGUGCAGGAUCAUGGAGUGUUACAAUGCAUUUAGUGUCACCAAUGUCACGAGGAUUGUUUCAUAAAGCAAUUGCAAUGAGUGGCGCUGUCACUUAUCAAAAAUUAUUGGGCACAAAUCAAAAAGAUAUGGCCAUCAAACAAGCUGAAUAUUUUAAUUGUUCCACUAAUUCCAUUGACGAAAUUGUUGAUUGUUUGCAAACUAAACCAGCUCAAGACAUUGCUAAUUCAAUGCCUAUAUUUUAUGAAUGGUACGGUGAUCCAGUUUUAAAAUGGACACCGGUUGUUGAACCAAAAGUUGAUGGUAUUGAAAGAUUUCUUACGGAGGAGCCAGUAAUUUCAAUAAGAGAAGGAAGAGUUGCACCAGUUCCUGUUAUUGGAGGUGUUGAUAAAGAUGAAUUUGCUGGUGUUAUUGUGUUUCCAAUAGAGUUUUGUCAGCAAGGAAAUUGCACUUUUCUCGAUCAGUGGAAUUCCGAUUGGAAUCAUAUUGCACCUAUAAGUUUUCAAUAUGAAAGAAAUACAUCAAGAACAGAAUGUAUUAGUAAUGAAUUAAAAAAGUUUUAUAUCAAUAAUCAUGUUACUUUGGACAAUAUUGAAGGAAUAGGACAACUUUAUUCUGAUUCUCUCAUCAUAUUUUCUGAGCAUCGAUUCAUUAAUUUAUUGUCAGCUUCAUCAAGAUAUCCUGUUUAUUAUUACCAUUUCACCUAUCAAGGAAGAUACAGUCACGUUGUUUGUAAAGAAACUAAAAAACCUUUUGGUGUUUCACAUCAUGAUGAAUUGAUGUACAUAUUUUAUAUGUCACGUUUUCCCAAAUUUGUCGAAGGUGAUCCAGAAAUAAUUAUGGUGGAAAAGAUGACAGCAAUUUUUGAAAAUUUUGCCAAAACCGGCGAACCAAUUUCCAAUGAUAAUUCAUUAUUUGAUAAUUUUACAUGGAAGAAAAUUACACCAGUGCGAAAACGCUAUUUGGAAAUUAAUAAUAGCUCAAUGAUUAUGAAAAAUGGUGUAAUUUAUUCUGAAAGAAUGAAAUUGUGGGAUAGAUUAUUUCCUUUGCCUCCGAGACAUAAAAAUUCUCACAAUUGCAAGCAUUGAAUUAAUAAAUUUUUAUUAAUGAAAAUAAAAUAA